UGGCAAACUCACUCCAACCUGGACAGUCGGUGGGACCAUGCUGAUGCCCGCUGAUGCUGAUGCUGAUGCUGCCCGCCCUCCUGGCUGGAGCACAGGCUGCAGGUUCCCACUCGCUGCGUUAUUACUACACAGGAGUGACCCCGGGCUGGGGGGUUCCUGAGUUCACGAUUGUAGGAUACCUGGACGAGGAACAGAUUGUUUACUACGACAGCGAAAGACGGCAGAUGGAGCCGCGACAGCGGUGGAUGGCGGAGAGUCAGGGCGCCGACUACUGGGAGCGGGAGACACAGGACAGGCGUGGCCACGAGGAGGUGCACAAGCGCAACGUACAGACCGCCAUGAUCAGAACCAACCAGAGUGGGGGGAUUCACACCUUCCAGGAAAUGUAUGGCUGUGAGCUGCGCUCGGACGGCUCCAUCGCCGGGUUUGACCAGUACGGCUGGGACGGAGAGGACUUCAUCAGCUUCGACAUAGAGCGCAUGUUGUGGGUGACACCCGUCACCUGGGGGUUGUUGACCAAACACAAGUGGGACAGGGACACGGGCAUGAACCAUCAAUUCAAGGGCUACCUGGAGGAGACUUGCAUAGAGUGGCUGCGGAAAUAUGUCCAAGCCGGACAGAGUCAACUCACCCCCGUUCAGCCGGAGGUGAGCAUCUUCCUGUCGGGGGAUGGGAGCCGCGUGUGUUGUUUCACCACGGGCUUCUACCCGCGCUCCAUCGAGGUGAACCUGGUGCGGGACGGCCUGGUCCUGGAUGAGAGCCGCUCCCACGGGACGCUGCCCAACCACGACGGCACCUUCCAGCAGCGCCGCUGGGUCCACGUGGAGCCCGGGGACACGGCCCCGCUCCCCUGUCUUGUGGAGCACCCGGGGCUGUCCGAGCCCCUCGAGGUCUUCCUGGUCCACAAGUCGGGCAGCAACGUGAUGACCAUUGUCCUCGUGCUGGUUGUCCUGGUGCUGGUGGCCGCGGUUGUGGGGGGAGUCCUCUACUGGAAGAAGAAACAAGCGGGGAAGAGCGGCUACAAUGCCACCAAGACCUCAGAGCGCGGGGAAAACUCAUCAAACUCCUCUGCUCCAGCCUGAGGGCCGCCGUGUCCCGCCGCCGCCCCGGGUGCAGGAGCGUCGGUGGAGAGCGGGACAUGUUUGCGGGGUUUCUGCUGUUGGGAGGGGGGGGGGGGGGGGGGGGGGGGGGGGGGGGUGAGCAAUGAGCGCAUCUACAGCUGAUUUGGUGAUUUGGACUUUGCGCUUCGCUCUGUGGGUCGCUGCUCAUUUAAUGACUGCACUGGGGG